CCCCCCCCCCCCCCCCCCCUCUCGUGGGCCCUCUCCCGAUGGCCAGCAUGCGCCCCUCCGGCCCCCUUCGGGCCCCGAGGCGGCUGCUCAGCCUGCUAGUCCUGUGCGCUUGCCUGGCCCUGUUCCAUGCGACCGGGGCCGCGGCCCCGGCCCGACAGAUCCAGACGGACACCUUCCGUGCUGGUCGUGCUCGGCGCGAUAUCACCGGCCCGGCUGGGCAGAUCAACAUGAUGGGCUACGCCAACCCCAUGCAGUCCACCGGCGGGCUGGACUCGCGCCUGUAUGCGCGGGCCUUUGUCUUCCAGGGGGCCAACUCCGACGCCAACUAUGUGGGCCCGUCGUUGGAGAUGCGCGCGCGUGCGGCGGCCGCGGCGGCGGCGGCGGCGGCGGCCACCGACUCCGACGGCCGGGACCCCUUCUCCUCGCACGCUCGUGACAUUCCCGAGGAGCACCGGCGCCGUGCCAACGUCCAGUCCCGGCCGCAGGACACCCAGUAUGGCAAGGCCCCGACCGGGGACCCGCACCUGGCGGCCGUGGCCCUGAUGGACAUUGCCUUUGUCACGGAGAACCUGGUGUUCGGUGUGCUGGAUGAGCUGCAGCGCAUUUUCGCCGCACGCGGCCAGGUGUCCCCCUACGACGUGACGAACAUCCUGCUGGCAGGCACCCACACGCACUCCGGGCCCGGUGGCUAUGCGCAGUAUGUGCUCUUCCAGAUGACCAGCGCCGGCUUCGUGGAGGACUCCUACUGGGCCAUUGUCCUGGGCACGGCCGAGGCCAUCGUCGCGGCACAUGAUGACCUGCAGGCUGCCGAGAUCCUGGCGACCAAGGGACACCCCAACCCCGGGGAUGGCCUGAUCGGCCGGAACCGGUCUCCCACCUCCUAUCUGGAGAACCCCCAGUCCGAGCGCGAUCGCUACCCCGGCGACACCGACACCGAGAUGAGCCUGCUCCGGGUGCGCAGUGUGCCGACUGGCAAUGCCAAGCCCGUCGACCUGGGCCUGAUGAACUGGUUCGCUGUCCACCCUACCUCUCGCAACAACACCAAUACCCUGAUCAGUGGCGACAACAAGGGCUUCGCGUCGUAUCUCUUCGAGCAGGCGAUGGCCCCCCCGGGCGGCAGCGCCGAUGCCGGCACCGAGUCGCCCUUCGUGGCGGCCUUCCUCAACUCCAACAUGGGCGACAUUUCCCCCAACAUCGAGGGGGCCCAGUGUUAUGACGGGCCGGCGGCCGGGGACUUCUGCGAUCCGCUGCACUCCACCUGCCCGAACAAUCGCGGUCUGCAGCGGUCGCAAUUCUGCCACGGCGUUGGCCCGAGCGGCCGUGACGACCGCCUCAACAGCCGAAUCAUCGGCGAGCGCCAGUACCUCCUGGCCAAGCGUCUUUUCGGCCAGGCGGCCAACAUUGGCAAUGGCGGCUGGCGCGUGGCCGGUGGCUCCUUCGGCAGUCAGGCCGAGGUGGAGUCGCGCAUGAUGUUCAUCCGGUUUUCCGAUCGCCGCGUCCUCUCGGACCCGACCAACCUCCCGCCCCUGCGCAAGCCGGUCGAAGUGGAGCUCUGCAAGCCGGCCAUGGGGUACAGCUUCGCCGCCGGGACCACCGAUGGCCCUGGCAUGUUUAACUUCUACCAGGGCCAGAAGCGCGGGUCGCCCUUCUGGAACUGGGUGCGCAACUUCCUGCGCGUGCCCUCCUCCAAGCUGGUCCGCUGCCAGCGUCCCAAGCCGAUUCUCCUUGCCACCGGCGAGGCCACCCUGCCGCAUGCCUGGCAGGCGGACAUUGUCCCGGUGCAGCUCCUUCGCAUUGGCGAUCUGGCGAUUGCCGCCCUGCCGGGCGAGUUCACCACCAUGGCCGGCCGGCGCCUGCGCGAAAGUGUCCACAAGAUCCUCAUCGAUGGCGGGGUCAUCGGCCGGAACACCGGUCUCACCGUGGUCACCGGCUUGGCCAGCAGCUACAUCGACUACAUCACCACCCAGGAGGAGUACCAGCCGCAGCGCUACGAGGCGGCGAGCAACAUCUUCGGCGAGCACACCUUCGCCGGGUAUCUGAGCGCCUUCGGCCAGCUGGCCGAUGCCAUGGUCACCAACUCCACCGUGCCGGUGGGCGAGUGGCCGCCCGAUCUUCGGGGCAAGCUUAUUACCCGGUUUUCGCCGAAGCUCAGCCCGGAUGUCCUGCCGACCGGCGUGGACUUCGGGGACUUGGUGUCCGGGCCGGAGGCGCGCAUUCGCGUGGGCGACACCGUGGAGGCGGUCUUCUGGGGCGCCAACCCGCGCAAUGACCACCGUCGCGGGCGGACCUUCCUGCGCAUUGAGCAGAAGCUUGGCAGUGGCACCUGGCAGACCGUGCGCACCGAUGCCGACUGGGACACGGAGCUCGAGUGGCUGCCGCAGAAGAAGGACAACUCGCGCGGCGGCGGCGGCGGCGGCGCCGGCGCCGGCGGCAAUGCCGAUGAGGCCGAUGGCUCUGACGCCGGCCUGCCCUUUGUCCAGGGCAUGGACGAGCCCGAUGAGUAUAUCUGGGCCUCGGACAGCCUGCGCCCCAGUAUGGAGGACAUCCCGGAGGAGGACCUUGUCGAGGAGUACCGGUGGAUGGGUCAGCACUUGAGCUUCGGCCGGGGCACCGCCCUCGGUGUGUCCCCGGGCCAGCCGCACUGCAAUGCCAAGAAGACCCUCACCUCCCAGGUGGCCAUCCGUUGGCGGACCGCCGGAAAUGGGUCCUCCGUGGCCCCGAGCACCCCGAAGCCCGGUGUCUACCGGAUUGUGUACACCGGCGAUCGCUUGCACUCCGACUGCAAGACCGUGAGCUCCUUCUCCGGCGUGUCGCCCGAGUUCCAGCUCUAUGUUUGAUGAUGUGUCGGCCGCGUGACCGCUUUCAUCGGCCUUUCUCUUCCUUUCGCUCCUGCCGGCCGUCGGCGUCGGCGGCCCAUUGGCGAGGGGGACUUCGGGGCCCAUGGCGGCGAGAGACGACACGCGCGCCUGCCUUUGUGUUCGCACACCUGUGCGUGCGUGCGUGCGUGCGUG